UGCAAGGCAUUCAAUUCUGUGCUUGAAUUGAACAAUAAAAUCAAUAUCUUUUGGCUAAAAAUACAGUUCAUGAGAUCGAGGCUUGAUUAUGAAAGCGAGGCUUGGAAUACAACGUGCUCACACGAUCUGUAAAGUUUGUGUUUUAUUUUUGGUUAACUCUGUGUCUAUAUCCAUUUUAGAAACCCCUCGAAAUAAUGCAGAAACGUCUCCGAGUGAAGGUGACAGAUCUCAAUCCUCAUUUUAUCUGCAAACUAUGCAAUGGAUAUCUCAUUAACCCCGUUACCAUCACCGAGUGCAUUCAUACUUUCUGCAAGAGUUGUCUGUUGCGACAUAUCAGCCUUGUAAACCGAUGUCCUGUGUGUAAUGAAGUAAUUCAUGAGACAACACCUAUUUAUAAUAUAAGAGUAGAUCGCACUAUGCAGGACAUAAUUAACAAAAUAUUCCCAAAGCUUGAAAAAGAGGAGAACCGACGAGAGAGGAAGUUUUACAGGACAAAGGGUUUGCCAUAUCCGCUACCUGCUCCAGUCCAUACCCAAGUUUCUGUUAAAUCACCAAAAACCUACAAACGGCCUUCCCCUCUGAAAGGCGAGGACAACACAACUUUAUCUAAUAAAGAAUUGCAUCAUUCCCCUGAGCAAAUCUCACUAGAGCUUGAGCACAGCAGGACUGAAAGCCUACCUAGUGAAAGUGAUGCUGAAGAUAGCAUGAAGGAAUUAGAUAAGAAGUUUAUUCGCUGCUCAACACAGGUGACCAUUGGUCUUCUGCAGAGAUUUCUCGCCACUAAACUGAAUCUAGACUCAGCUCGUCAGGUUGAAGUAUGUCAUGACCAUACAGAAAUGGAUACAGAUUUAACACUAAAAUACAUAAGUGACAACUUGACAUCAGACUUGGAUAGGUGUCACCCUCUUAAGCUGCAGUACAAGACAUGACCUAGACAUGGAUGCAAAGACAUGGCCCAGACAUGGACGCACUUGUAGAGACCUCUUAAGCUGCAGCACAAGACAUGGCCCAGACAUGGACGCACUUGUAGAGACCUCUUAAGCUGCAGCACAAGACAUGACCUGAACAUGGAUGCACUUGUAGAGACCUCUUAAACUGCAGCACAAGACAUGACACAGACAUGGAUUCACUUGUGGAGACCUCUUAAGCUGCAGCACAAGACAUGACCCAGACAUGGACGCACUUGUGGAGACCUCUUAAGCUGCAGCACAAGACAUGGCCCAGACAUGGAUGCACUUGUAGAGACCUCUUAAGCUGCAGUACAAGACAUGACCUAGACAUUGACGCACUUGUAGAGACCUCUUAAGCUGCAGCACAAGACAUGGCCCAGACAUGGACGCACUUGUGGAGACCUCUUAAGCUGCAGCACAAGACAUGACCCAGACAUGAAUGCACUUGUAGCGACCUCUUAAGCUGCAGCACAAGACAUGGCCCAGACAUGGAUGCACUUGUAGAGACCUCUUAAGCUGCAGCACAAGACAUGGCCCAGACAUGGACGCACUUGUAGAGACCUCUUAAGCUGCAGCACAAGACAUGGCCCAGACAUGGAUGCACUUGUGGAGACCUCUUAAACUGCAGCACAAGACAUGGCCCAGACAUGGAUGCACUUGUAGAGACCUCUUAAGCUGCAGCACAAGACAUGGCCCAGACAUGGAUGCACUUGUGGAGACCUCUUAAACUGCAGCACAAGACAUGGCCCAGACAUGGAUGCACUUGUAGAGACCUCUUAAGCUGCAGCACAAGACAUGGCCCAGACAUGGAUGCACUUGUGGAGACCUCUUAAGCUGCAGCACAAGACAUGGCCCAGACAUGGACGCACUUGUAGAGACCUCUUAAGCUGCAGCACAAGACAUGGCCCAGACAUGGAUGCACUUGUAGAGACCUCUUAAGCUGCAGCACAAGAC